AUGGAGCUCUUUAGUUUCAGACAAGGUAUUCAAAUCAUUGUCAGCCCAAAUAGGAAGAAUGUGAAAUUGAUUGUUAAAAAGGUAACAAGUGACAUUGUUCGUAAUUUUUCUUGGUUGGCUGAGGAGGUUAGCACAAAAGGGGUUGAAUGUCCAAGAACUUUGAUUUAUGUCAGAAAUUAUCAGACUUGUGGAGAACUUUAUAACUUUUUCAUUAACACCCUACAAGAUAAAGCCUACUGGCCCACAAGUUCCCUGAGAAAAUCGGCAAAUAGGAUGAUUGCAAUGUAUCACAGUGGAACAACAUUAAAAAUCCAGCAGCAUGUCAUAUCAUCUUUGAAAUAUCCACAUGGCAGUGUUCGAAUCAUCAUUGCAACCAGUGCUCUUGGUAUGGGAGUGGAUAUGAAAGGUUUGCACCGGGUUAUUAAUUACGGUCCUCCAAACACUAUUGAAGCAUAUGUGCAGGCAUUUGGUAGAGUAGGUAGGGAUGGGGCAAAUUCUGAGGCAUUACUUCUCUUUCAUGGUCAUCAACUUCGACUUUGUGAACCAGAGAUGCUGGAUUUUGUUAAGUGUACAACUUGUCGAAGGGAAAACAUUCUUACUUUUUUUGAUGACAUUGGUGAAAACAGUGAAGUGAUUCCAAAACACUUAUGUUGUGACAUUUGUGAAAAUGACUGUCAGUGUGGAGAGACAGAAUGUCAAGGGAACACAGAAAGCAUGACUUUCCUCAUGUCCAAGGUAACAGAACCAACAUCAAACCUACAUGUACGAGAUGUAACAGAAAGUGAGAAAGAAGAACUUUGGAGCCUGCUCAAGGAAUGUCAGGAAGAAAUGAGACAGGAAUUUCAACAGUCAAAUCUGCACUGCCUGUAUUCUAGUGUUGACCAACUCACUUGUUUCUCAGACAGUCUUAUAAAUGAAACAAUUGAUAAUUGUGAUAAACUUAAUUCUGUGGAAAGUAUUUUAGAGACACUUUCUGUAUGGAAUGGUGACCAUGCCAUCAAGAUUUUUGAUUGUCUCAAAAUAGUAUUUGACGAUCUACAAUAA